UUCUUUAGCGUCGGUAAGGUAAGGGAUGUGUGACUGAAAUCGUGCAACAAAGCAAGGCGUUUCGAAGGUUAAGUUUAAAGGUCCAGAAUCGGUCGCAUUGGGCUAUCCGGUCAGCGACUACUUGGAGUCCCCAUCUCGGUUCAACAUAUACAGGCAGAAAAAAAUCAGUUGGCUAAUUCUCCACCGGCCACCAAAAGUUACAGCAGGUCCAAUGCGACUUUACGUUGGUUCGCUACAUGUCAAUAUCACUGAAGAUAUGCUCCGUGGUAUAUUCGAGCCAUUCGGAAAAAUAGAUCACAUUCAAGUUUUUAUGGAUUCUAACACUGGUCAAUCUAAGGGUUAUGGUUUCAUAACAUUCCACCAUGCAGAUGAUGCUAAGAAAGCAAUAGAAAAGUUGAAUGGUUUAGAGGUGGCUGGACGACCAAUGAAGGUUGCUAAUGUAACCGAACAGCUGGAUGUUACUACUCACGCAUCGCUCGACACUGACGAGAUGGAUCGCAGUGGUAUUGACCUCGGUAACGCAGUACCUCGAGCAGCAGCAGACACGCCGAUUGACACCCAGUAUUUAGAGCUGAAAUUGCCGAAUGUUCCGUCAGAUUUUAAAAGAUAACAGCAUAACCACAUGACUGAUAACAAUAACCAAUAUGUUGUUGGAUAGAUAAAAUGUUGGACAAUUUUGUGAUACACUACUAAUUGGGUUGUUUAGCUAUUCACGGAUUUCAGAUUUUUAUACAUCAUCUGAAAGAGUGUAAUUUUCUGAGAAAAACGUUGAUCGAGCCAAGUCGGAUCGUAAUGCCAGAACCGAAGGGUUUUCUUCGCCAAAAACUAGUGGCAGUCAGAGGCUAAGUGCAUUUGCAUUUACUAAAGCGCGUCCGCGUUCACUGACGGGGAGGUGCAAUUGAGGCCACCUUCUAAUAGGAAAAUUUAGCCUUCUAGGCUUCACUUUAGGAUCCUUUCGGCCUUUCCCACUUUACGCCGAUUAAAGUAGUGGAUAAGGCCAAUCUUCUGAACAAGGACUUAACUUCGAGUUGGUUUACACGAUUACUUUGGGACUAUGGAUUAAUAUCGAACUGAACGCUUUGACCUUUUAAUUUCGACUAAUUUAUUGCUCUCGAUCAGAUAUGAUCGAUGACCGUUUGAGUUUCAUCCACGUAUGCAUGUGUGGAUGGCCCUAUCAACUAGAGAGUAAUUUCUCUCGUGUUAUCAUUUUAUCUCACAUUGAAAGUAGGUUCAUUAGAUUGUAAGUGUAGUUGUUUAGAAUCUAGUAUAUAACGCAGUAGCUUUAAGGUAGGUUAACAAAUUUAGGUGUAAGAUACAAAAUAUGUUUAGAAUAUAGUAUAGGUUUAGCUUUAGAGUACACUACAUGUUUAUGCCAAUUGGCAAUCUAGCGGAAGUAUUCAACAUUCCGGCCACCUUUGAGAUAUUCUAAAUAUUCAACAUUUCUCCGUCUCACUUCUUUGGCUCCAUUAGUCGUAACAUUAGUGUAAAUGGAAUGCAUCUUGAUGACAUCUUGCAUAGCUGCUCCUGGAUGCAGCUUGGGUUCGAGGAUGACUCUAGGAUGAACAGAUCUCCCAUCGUUCGCCGAGAAAAAU